AGCAUGACUGAGAGCGGCGUGAGCCGCUCGCUUGCGUUCGUUCGGAUUCAGUUUAAAAAGAAGUACGUAAAAACCGGAGUGUAGUUGUUUAGGUUCCCGGCUCCAUCGCACUGCCCCGCUGUUGCCAUGCAGAUGUGGUGCUGCUCUGUUCCCGGACUCUUUUAUCUACGGUUCAAAUGUGCACAGAAAUAACCUCGCCGACAGCAGCGCUCCUCCUGUCCCCUGCGCGCCCUGCCCGUGUCAGAUGAUGCACUUCAUCAUUUUGUCAUAGGACUUCAUUGACAUAAAGGAAAACUAAAGUCUGCAUCCAUGGAGCACAUUCAGGGAGCUUGGAAGACUAUCAGUAAUGGUUUUGGACUCAAGGAUUCUGUCUUUGAUGGCCCAAACUGCAUUUCACCAACCAUUGUCCAGCAGUUUGGUUAUCAGCGCCGAGCAUCUGAUGAUGGCAAAAUAUCAGAUACUUCUAAAACCAGUAAUACCAUUCGAGUUUUCUUGCCCAACAAGCAACGUACAGUGGUAAAUGUGCGAAAUGGGAUGACCUUACAUGAUUGUCUCAUGAAGGCACUUAAAGUAAGAGGUCUGCAGCCAGAAUGCUGUGCAGUUUUUCGUCUUGUUACUGAACCAAAAGGUAAAAAAGUGCGUUUGGAUUGGAACACCGAUGCUGCCUCCUUGAUUGGUGAAGAACUGCAGGUGGACUUUCUUGAUCAUGUUCCACUCACUACACACAAUUUUGCUCGGAAGACAUUUCUAAAGCUUGCUUUCUGUGACAUCUGCCAGAAGUUCCUCCUAAAUGGGUUUCGGUGUCAGACGUGCGGUUAUAAAUUCCACGAGCACUGCAGCACUAAAGUUCCAACCAUGUGUGUCGACUGGAGCAAUAUCAGGCAACUCUUAUUGUUCCCAAAUUCAAAUAUCAGUGACAGUGGUGUCCCUGCACUACCUCCCUUGACAAUGAGACGGAUGCGGGAGUCUGUCUCCCGGAUACCUGUUAGCUCCCAGCACAGGUAUUCUACACCUCAUGUCUUUACAUUCAAUACAUCAAAUCCUUCCUCUGAGGGCACCCUUUCCCAAAGACAGCGAUCUACAUCCACACCAAAUGUCCACAUGGUUAGCACUACAAUGCCCGUAGACAGCCGGAUAAUUGAGAAUAACAGCCUGAAUGCUUCUCCCAGUUCCUGGUGCAGACGAUUUUGUUUGAGGGGAAGAGAUGCAAUUCGAAACCACAGUGAAUCAGCUUCACCCUCUGCUCUGUCUGGAAGUCCCAACAAUAUGAGCCCGACUGGCUGGUCUCAGCCCAAAACCCCAGUCCCAGCCCAGAGAGAGAGAGCCCCUGGGACAAAUACACAAGAAAAAAACAAAAUUAGGCCUCGUGGACAAAGAGAUUCUAGUUAUUACUGGGAAAUAGAAGCAAGUGAAGUCAUGCUUUCUACCAGAAUAGGGUCAGGUUCUUUUGGAACUGUUUACAAGGGCAAAUGGCAUGGGGAUGUAGCAGUGAAAAUAUUAAAAGUUGUAGAUCCAACCCCAGAACAGUUCCAGGCUUUCAGAAACGAAGUGGCUGUAUUAAGGAAGACUCGGCAUGUGAAUAUUUUGCUCUUCAUGGGCUACAUGACUAAAGAUAACCUGGCCAUUGUCACACAGUGGUGUGAAGGCAGCAGUCUGUAUAAACACCUGCACGUUCAAGAGACCAAGUUCCAGAUGUUCCAGCUUAUUGACAUUGCUCGGCAGACAGCACAGGGAAUGGACUAUUUACACGCAAAGAACAUCAUCCAUAGGGACAUGAAAUCCAAUAAUAUAUUUCUUCAUGAAGGCCUCACAGUGAAAAUAGGAGACUUUGGUCUAGCAACUGUAAAAUCCAGGUGGAGUGGAUCGCAACAGGUGGAGCAACCCACUGGUUCCAUUUUGUGGAUGGCACCAGAAGUGAUACGGAUGCAGGACAGUAAUCCGUUCAGUUUUCAGUCAGAUGUCUACUCCUAUGGAAUAGUAUUGUAUGAGCUUAUGACAGGAGAGCUGCCAUACUCCCACAUAAACAACCGCGACCAGAUUAUUUUCAUGGUUGGCCGAGGAUAUGCUUCUCCAGACCUCAGCAAGUUGUACAAGAACUGCCCCAAAGCAAUGAAGAGGCUCGUAGCAGAUUGUUUGAAGAAAGUUAGGGAAGAAAGACCUUUGUUUCCGCAAAUACUGUCUUCCAUUGAAUUGCUGCAACAUUCUUUACCCAAGAUCAACCGGAGUGCUUCCGAACCAUCUCUGCACCGCGCAUCCCAUACAGAGGACAUAAAUUCUUGCACGUUAACAUCCACAAGACUGCCUGUUUUUUAGGAUUGUGCUCCCCUUCCCUUAAUCUCUCCAGUGAUGGGAAAGGAACAGAAGUAACAGAAGUUGUGCUUUUAAUGCCUCGGUGUACAGGAUCAGUGACCAGCCGGAUCAUCCGCAUCCCCGUUUAAGAACAAGCUGCUAAGGAUGUUUGCAGUUCUUACCCUGCAGGGACAAAGCUCCACAUUGCCUUUUUCUACAGUUUCUUCUACUGGGAUAGUUAACAGACUACAAAUCAAGAGAUCUAUUACUAUUUUUUUAAUAGAUGCACUUGAGCCUUAUUUUUCCCACACACAGAAGAGAUGGAUGUUUCUUUGGCAGUGUUUCUGGGUUGAUUUGAAUCUGCUGAUAAACUGGUAUUUUUUACAGCAGGGAUGACCUGCCUUGGCAUUUGAGGGAAGAAAGAUGAUGUGAUCUGGUGCUCUCUGAUUGCCCCGUGUCACGUCAGGGGACUUUUGCUGGAAAUGGGUAUCUGCAAACAAGACUGAGGGAAGAAGAAAAAAACUUUCUGGAAAUCAGCUCCUGCCUAAGAGGUUUCAUCAAGCCAAUGAAAUAAGUUAAAAUGCUAAUUCAACACAAAAUAGUUUUGCAAUAGUUUUGCACGUAGAAAAAAAACUCUUGCAAAGGAAUGGAGUAUAUUCUAAACUGUACUGCUCAGAGAAGGAAGCUAGCCAGUCUUGCUAUGGUCAUCUUCGGUAACUUAAGCGGCUUAUUUUGGUACUACGGACUUGUUUCUUGCAGCCCAAUGAGGUGGAAAGUGCAGAAAGACAGGCUUUUGUGGCUGAUAAAGGCUAAUUAACAGUAUCAGUAUACUUCUGCAGAAUGAGCAUAGUUUUCAUCCCAUCUGAAGCUGUCGUCCAAGAGAUGCACUAUCAAGAGGAAACUGAGCAUAUACAGUUUUUCUUGCUGAUUUGGGUUUUAAUUUUGUUUUUAUUGCUCCUGAGAAAAUGCAUUUAUUGUAAGCCAAGGUUCCUCUGAUUAUCUUAUUUUAAUAAAAUAAAUUAAAUUUUAGGUUUAA